CAGGCCUGAACAUCAUGUCACGACCGAUGACAAGAUCUCCGUUUGAACACUGAUCUCCUUCAAAUUUAUCGACAGCGAGACGCGCGAUUCUCCAAGGAAAUAUUCGACUGCACGGCCGUCGCACCUCCCACUUGCGGAAUGUCGAUGUGUGUUAAGGUAGACUUCCUGUUGGCUGAUCCUGACAGGGCUGCAUUGUCGGCCACGAUAUGUAUGGCACUCGCAAGACCUUCAUUGAAGCCGUGAAACAUCACUGCCCUGAUACGACCAGCAUAAUUUUACUUGACAUGGACUUGAUUCCUUACUGCGAUUGAUCCACCACGAUUUUUGGAAAAAGAUGGCCCCCGAAGCACUGGGCAGCUUACCGGAAGGGUUUGUUGAUUUGGCUACUGCUCGCAGUCGUCCUCUCACCACACCAGUCAACAUCAUUGGCCUCGUCGUCGACCGACAAGAACCUAAGUCUACCCGGGGUGGUGUAGGCGACCACGUCUUCACUUUCAAAUUGGCGGAUGCCUCACUAUCUCUCACCACGACAGGCGGUCAAUAUGGAGAAGGGAGGUGGGAUGGGUUCCCCAUUCGAUGCUUUCGCAGCAGUGGCGCACUGCACACGAUGCCCCAGACCGCACAGAUCGGCGAUGCUGUCCUGUUGCGCGGCAUUUCUCUGACGACGUUUAGUGGUCAGGUGCUGGCUCUGUCUUCAGCUAAGGCGCAACUGAGAUUUCUGACCAUUUCAAGUGAGAGCAUACCCUCGCCAUCCUACCAGGAGUACAUCCUGGGCGGGAAGCAGAAGUUGAUGGGAGAGGGCUCACCAGGUCAGAUGGAGGCACUGACCCUCGCGGAGCAAGCAUAUAUUAUCAAGCUCAAGCACGACCUUGCCGAGCAAGUGACUGCUCGACAGCAGGUUCGGGCAUUGCCUGCAAAUGUCCCGACAGGACCUUCGAUCCCCACGAAGAGGACAAACACACAUGAUCCAACCUUGGCCGUCAACGAUGCAUUACCAAAGCGUCCUCGCUUCACAGGAGGCUUCGGUCCGAAGUUUCGACUGAUCAGAGAUGUCACGUAUCCACCCUGUUGGACCGACUUGUGCGGGGAGGUCAUCAAAUCAUUUCCCAACUCUUACGGAAUAGAUUUGUAUAUUUCUGAUUACACCCCAAACAAUAAAAUGCGUGAAUAUCCCGAGCCGGACGAUGCCGAGGACGGCGACUCUUACAACGAAGGCACUGGGCGCGAUGGCGACUACUACAACUACGCCGGCGUACCCACCAAACGCUGGCCAGGGCCCUGGGGGUACAACAUUCUCAAGGUCAACGUCAAGGAGCCACAUGCAUCUUACCUCGCAUCUAACGUGAAUCUCGGUGAUUUUGUUGAGCUCCAGAACGUCAAGAUGCGACAAGCGCCUGAUGGGACUCUCGAAGCGGACAUGUGGCCCGAUCAUCUCGACGCAAGCCGUGUGCAGAUUAGAAAACUCGCCCCGAUGAGUGGCCUGGUCAAUCGACUCCAGGAGAGGCGAGAGAUUUACUGGAGCAACCGACAAGAACUGGUCCGCUCGCGACACGACAGGGACUCUACCAAAGAUGACCAGAACGCGAACGGCUCGAAACUCAGCAAGACCGAGAAGAAACGUCUCCGAAAACAGAAAAAGCGGGAACAUGAACAGGCCGCAAAAGCCACCACAGCCGGCUCGAAUGUCAUUAACUUUGAACCUGCCCAGUCGUCCACCAAAUCCGGCAUCAACGCGCAUAUCCGCUGCAGCCAUGAUGACGUCCCUGUCCUCUCCCUCAACAAGAUCAUCGAUCGCGGGAACGUCCGCCACAGCAGCGUGAAGCCCGAUGAAACCGGUGGCGAGACGAAGAUGAUCUUGCCCUUCAUCAACGCAAGAUAUCGCGCACGUGUGCGCGUCGUCGAUUACGCCCCGAAGCAACUGGAAGAUUUCGCCGUGCUCGCCGGCGACGACGACGACGACGAUGACAUUGAAGGAGGAUCGAGUGAUGACGACCACGACUACGACUACGACGACUACGAUGACGAUGACGACGAUUAUAAACCGCCAGAAUUAAUCUCCUCAAGGGACGCCCACCGACGCCCCACGCGAAGGAGAAGACGUCGUCGCCGUCGACGAUGGGAGUGGCGCUUCGCCUUGCAACUUGAGGACGCCCCCGUCUUCCCCACCGCCACCAAGAAGAAGAAUCCCGAAAACCGCGACGACGGCACAGGCGGCGAACCCGAAGCGAAGGAGGAGCGCAUCUGGGUCCAACUCCACCACGAACACGCCCAGUUCCUCUUCGGCCGCGACGUCGACGACCCCGCCGAUCUGCGAGCCGAUCCUCGCUUGAAGGGCCAGUUGAGGGAGAAACUGUUCAUUCUGUGGGGCGAUUUGGAGGAGGUCAUGGUGAAGGAAAAGGGUAAGGGGAAGCAGAGAAUCGAGGGGACGGGCGGACAGGCUGCUGGGAAUGCUGGUGAUGCUGAUGCUGAUGCUGAUGCAAUGGAGAUCGACACUAUUGUUGCUGCUGCAACCUCAGGUCAGAAUGAUAACGGAGAACAGCUUGGAAAGUCUGCACAUAACGAGGACCCUCCUCCUGCUGCUGCCGAUAAUCAUGAUGAUGAGGGAAAAGUUCCUCCUCAACAGUCGAGUAACCUCCCGUUCGAAUGUUGUCUUAUGGAAUACGGCGUGCAGACGGAAGAAGGGGAUUCCGCCGGCGUGAAUUACGGUGACGAGGGUGAAGGCAGCGUGGAUGAUGAACGACAGCUCGGAAGAGGGUUUGGAUGGAGGAGGAUGUUUGCUUUGUUCGGGACGACGAUCUUAUGAUUUGUAGCGCCGACCUGGAGAGCAUCGAUCGCGGUGAGCUUCGAUGUUGGAGAAUUGGGUUCUACGAUGGGUGCACAUGUCUCUCUGGUAGGAGGCGCAUCUCUUCUGCAAUUUUGCCCAGCGUGGCUGACUAUUCAGCGAUCGUAUACUGUAGGCUGCGAGGCAGAUCGUAUCCUGUCACGUGCCAGAUUCAAUUCAGAGGUAGAUCCCUCGCCUAUCAU